AGAGAUAUAACGCAUAAAAUAAAGUUUAAACAAAAGUUAAUAUAUUGUGUAUCAAAAUAUGUCGUUUGUAUAUCGUCCAAUAUCCUCCAAAGCAGACAACGUGAGGCCGAAAAAAAGAAAAUAUGUCGCAAUACACAAAAAAUUUGACAACGGUGAAGUUGAUAGUAAAAUGUCAUGUGUGAUGCCGGAAUAUUAUAAAAAUAUUGCGGAGAGGAUAAAAAAAUUUGAAGUCAGAGACGAUGAUAUAUGGAUUGUAACGUAUCCAAAAUGCGGUACUACUUGGACCCAAGAAAUGGUUUGGCUACUCACGCACAACCUUGACUACAAAAAAGCUGCAGAAGUGUCGCUUCCAGAAAGAUCACAAUUUAUUGAAUUCAAAUCCAUCGCCGAAGAAAUUCCAGAUACCAUAGAUGGCGUCAAUAACAUGGAACCACCACGAAAUAUAAAAUCUCAUUUACCAGCCAGCAUGCUACCAGAUCAAUUAUGGACCAAGAAACCUAAGAUUAUAUAUGUUGCAAGAAACCCAAAAGAUGUUAUAGUAUCGUUCUAUAAUCACUUUUUAAUCAUAGAAGGAUAUUUAGGGACAUUUGAAGACUUUGCUGAAUCUAUAAUAGAAGACAAAUUAUAUUACUCGCCGUAUUGGGAUAACGUGUUAGGUUUUUGGAAAUUGCGGAACGAAGAAAAUAUUUUAUUCCUCACAUAUGAAGAUAUGAAAAAGGAUUUGAUGAAAAUAGUAAAAGAAUGUUGCAGAUUUCUAAAUAAAUCUUAUACAGAUAGCGAACUGGAAAAAUUAGUUGAACAUUUGCAGUUUGAUAAUAUGAAGAAGAAUGAUGCUUGUAAUUAUAAAAAUCUUCUUGAAGCCCGUAAACAAGCAAUUGGACCUGAUGUACCAACUGACAGAGAAUUUAUGAGAAAAGGUCAAGUUGGAAGCUGGAGAAAAGAAAUGAGCUUGGAAUUGGCCUUAAAAGUAGAUGAAUGGAUGAAGAAAAAUAUUAAAGGGACUGAGUUUGAUAAAUGGCAAGAUAUAUAUGAAAAUAGUAGUUGAUUGUAUUAUAAAAUUAUAGUAAUUAUACUUCAAUAAAUAUUUUACA